AUGUAUAGAAUUAUUUUAACAUUAAAAUGUUUACUUUGGUUUCUAGGAAAAUGGGAAGUAGAUUUGACUUGGCUUCCUUACUUCUCAAAUCCAUAUACAUAAUAUAAUAAUAUUAGGGAAGCAAAAUAUCUAUUAGCAAAUAACUACAAUCCAUAUAGUACAGAUGGGAUAUUUUAGAAACCCUUAAUUGUAUAUGGAUUAGUAUAUAUUGAUAAUGACCACAUAUUUCUGAUAGCCGAUAUUUUGAUAAGCUUUUUAAUAGUCUCAUUAUUUGGGGCAAAGUAAGGAUAUCGGAAAUCUAUUUUGCUAUUUUAUCAUUUGAAUCCAAUUACUGUAAAAAAUGAUUGAUAUUGUAGUUUGCAAACAUUAUAUUAAAGAAUACAAAUGUAUUUGAUCAUUUAUUUUUGUUAUUGACCAUAUACUCAGCAUUAAAAAUUAAACUUCUGUCACCAAUAUUAUUUGGAUUUUUACUAUAUUUAAAUCCUUAAUAUUUUAUUGUGUUAGCAGUAAUUUCUGUAAUUUUCAGAAGAGAAACAUCUACUACUUAAAAAUUUGCAUUUAAAUUGAUAGCCUUUCUAUUAGUAAGUGUUGUGACUAUAGGAUGUUUAAUACAUGUUUCAUAUAUAAUAACUGGUGAUUGGUAAUUUAUUGAGAAAACUUAUAUUGAUUAUUAUUUCCCUAAAGAUCAUAGACCAACAAUAGGAUUUUUAUGGGCAUUAUUUUCAGGAGUAUAUAUGAUAAAAUAUUUUAGUUAUUUUCAAAGUAUAAGUCCUUAUAUCAUGCAUUUUUUAUGUUAUUACCUUCUUGCUAUAUUUUACCAUUAUAUAAUUUAUUUGUGAAAUAUGCAAAAAGAGAGAAAGAGUAUCUUGGAUUUAUGAUAGGAGUUUCUUUAUUUGUAAUUAUUGAUAUUUAAUAUUUUAGUGCAGUUUCUUAUAUUUUCAAUAUAUUGCCAUAUCAGAUUUAGUCAUAAUCUUUAUACUUUUAUUUUAAAGAUAUGAUUGGCUAUUUAAUUCAUUACCAACAAUAGUUAUUAUUCAUGCAGGAUGCUUAAUAUUAUUUUUAGGAGGUGGUUUAUAAUUAACUUGGACUCAUUCUUUUACAGGAAAUCCAAAUUUUACAUUCUUUUAAGUUUUUGUUUCAUAUGUGUUUUAUGUUAUCUUAAUUUCUGAAGGAGUCAGAGAAAUGUUAAAGUUUAGAACAAUUUAAAAGAAAGAAGAGAAUGAAAAAAUGAAAUAAAAUGGAGAACAUUAAAAGAAAGAGAAUGAAUUAAUAGAUAGAAAAUUAAAAGAAGAUUGAA